CUUCGACGUGACGGUUGCGUUUUGUACACGAGGUCACCUUCAAGUGAUUCAAGUUAGACAGUAACUUUAUAGUUGUGCUAGUACUUUCAUUAAAUUUUUGUUACAGUCGAUUGCAGAAUAAUUAGUCAGUAUGAGUUCGGAACCGCAAGCGAAAAGAACCAAAAUGAGUGUCUUAGAUCAGCUGAAACAAUAUUCAACUGUAGUGGCAGAUACCGGCGAUUUCAAAGCUAUGAAAGCUUACAAGCCAACAGAUGCUACUACAAAUCCAAGCCUCAUUUUAUCUGCAGCUGGAAUGGAGCAGUACCAACAUUUGUUGGAUAAAGCAAUAAAAUUUGGAACAGAGAGUGGAGGAAGCAUUGAAGAGCAAUUGAGUGAGACUUUAGAUAUGUUGAGUGUGCUGUUUGGUUGUGAAAUUCUAAAAAUAAUUCCUGGACGGGUCUCUGUAGAAGUAGAUGCAAGACUGUCUUUUGACAAAGAAGCUAGCAUGUCUAAAGCAAUUAAACUGAUAAAUAUGUUUGCGGAACAUGGAAUUAAAAAGGAAAGGAUAUUAAUUAAAUUAGCUUCUACAUGGGAAGGAAUUCAAGCAGCAAAGGAAUUGGAAAAGAAACAUGGUAUUCAUUGCAACCUAACCUUGCUGUUCUCUAUCUACCAAGCGAUUGCUUGUGCUGAGGCUAAGGUGACUUUGAUAUCACCUUUUGUUGGGAGAAUUUUAGAUUGGCACAUUGAACAUACAAAGAAAACGUUUGAACCCAAAGAAGAUCCUGGAGUAAUCUCUGUCACGCGCAUUUACAACUACUAUAAGAAGUUUGGCUACAAGACCCAAGUAAUGGGUGCCUCCUUCCGUAACACCGGGGAGAUCACUGAACUAGCUGGUUGUGAUCUCCUCACUAUAAGCCCUAAACUUUUGCAGGAGCUCGCCGACAGCGAAGAUACUUUGAAAAAGGCCCUUGACAUUAACAGUGCUGCCGAGAGUGAUAUGGAGAAAAUAACAUUGAACGAAGCACAAUUCCGUUGGCAUCUGAAUGAAGAUCAGAUGGCAACAGACAAAAUCUCAGAGGGUAUCAGAAAAUUCGCAGCCGACACGAGAAAGUUAGAGUCUCUUAUCAAGGGAAUGCUCGCUAAGAAGUAAAUAUUUA